GUUUGGUGUGUCAUAUCCGAUCUAUAGCCUAGGAGUAUCAAGGAGCCUUUCCGCAGCCUCUUGUGUCACCAAUCGAUCCACAAACCUUGAUAAGCUUGAGUCCUUGACUCGUUUAUGCAAGGAUCUAUCCCGAUCCAUCCAGAGACGCAUCCUAGGAGUUCAUCAAGUGGUAUCAGAGCACUCUGGAAGGGGAGUUUCGAUUUCUCUUUUGUUUGUUCAUAAGAUCUACUCGUUAUCGUUUUAUAUCAUUGAUCAUUUGGAAUUUGCGUGUUGUUUCUCACUCGAUCUGAUUAGUAUCAUUGAUAGAAUUGAUAGAUCUAUUGUUUCGUGGUUCAAUAUUGAUAGAUCUGAGGAUUCUGAUCAAGUUUUGAACAAAACUUUUCACAUUCUUGUCGAUUACGUUACUAGAUUGCUUGAUCCGAAAGUUCCUUGUGUUCGUGUGAUUCGAUCUGUUACUAGAACCGUAGAUCAAGUUUUAUUUAAUCUCAAAUCAUCACUUGUUGAAUCUCGAAUCCUUUUCUGAUAAAUCUGAGUUGAUUGUGUCAAUAAAAUCGAUUUGAAUUCCUUACUUGUUGAUCACGGUAUUGGUUUGCCGCGUUGCUUGAGAUUUGUUUGAUUGUUUCCGAUUGUUUCUUUCAUUGAAUCUCGAAUCAUAAAUCAAAUUGCCCGUGGAACUACUUACUUGUUUCAGUCUUUUGUGUGUAACAGAAAACAAUGGGAACUGAAGAAGAUGAUGCAACGUAUAUGAGAAGAAACAAACUCUUACAAGAAGCUAUCACCAAACAAGUAAUGGAAGACUUGGUAAAGUUGCUGGAUGAGAGAUACGAUCAGAGAGCCCCUGGUAGACAAGACCAAACGACUGAUCAUCAGCAAGCACCUAGGAGGAAUGGACGUGAACGACAAGAGCAUGCUGGUUCACAAGAAACUGAUAACUUUUAUGAAAGAGAUAGGGCACGGCACAGCUCGGCUUCUAGACAUAGCUCUUCCUCUAGACACAGCAGUAGAAGAUCUAGACGUGACCAUGAAGGGCGUAGGUAUCAAAGAGAUGAGCUUGCUGGAGUUAAGAUCAAGAUACCUCCUUUCCAUGGCAAAGCCGAUCCUGAUGCUUAUCUAGAAUGGGAGAAGAAGAUUGAUCUAGUCUUCAAUUGUCGGCGUUAUUCAGAAGCUAAGAAGAUUCAAAUUGCUGUUACUGAGUUCUAUGAUUAUGCUUUGAGUUGGUGGGAUCAACUAGUCACCAAUAGAAGGCGCAAUGGGGAAUUUCCUGUUGAGACUUGGGCAGAAAUGAAGGCUCUCAUGCGCAAGAGAUUUGUGCCUAGCCAUUACCACCGGGAUCUCCAUCAGAAGCUAAGAAAACUCACGCAAGGCUCACGGACAGUCGAAGAAUACUAUCAGGAGAUGGAGUUGUUGAUGUUAAGAGCUUGCAUAUCUGAGGAUAGAGAAGCUACUAUGGCACGGUUUCUUGGGGGACUCAACCGUGAGAUACAAGACAGUGUGGAGAUGCAGCACUACUUGGAGAUGGAGGAGAUGCUACACAAAGCCAUUCUAGUGGAACAACAAGUAAAGAGAAAGGGUCACUCUCGGGGCAACUAUGGAACUAAGUAUCAAGGUGCUAAGGAAGAUAAGCCAAGUCACCAGAAAGAGAGCAAGUCAUAUCAAAAGGAUGAGGACAAACCUACUAGUUCUUUCAGCAAGGAUAAAGGAAAAGCUGAAGCCUCUACUACAAGAUCAAGAGAUGUUAAAUGUUUUAAGUGCCAAGGAAGAGGACACUACGCUAGUGAGUGCACCAACAAACGUGUGAUGAUCCUACAUGACAAUGGAGAAUAUGAGUCUACUGAUGAGGAGACAGAGGCCGAAGAAGAUCACAGUUCAGAAGAAGAGUAUGUUGCCAACCCGGUCGCUGGAAGGUUGCUAGUUGCUAGAAGAACCUUGAGUCUUCAAAGCAAGACCGAAGAGAUGGAUGAGACUAUGGUUAAAAAGUUGGGUUUGAAGGUCCAGAAGCAUCCUAAACCAUAUAGGCUCCAAUGGCUCAAUGAAGAGGGCGAGAUGAGAGUUUCUACUCAGGUUAUUGUUCCCUUAGCCAUUGGUAAAUAUGAAGAUGAGAUUCUAUGUGAUGUGUUGCCUAUGGAAGCUGGACACAUUCUCCUUGGAAGGCCGUGGCAAUCAGAUAGACGUGUGAUACAUGAUGGGUAUGCCAACAAGCACACCUUUGAGUUUAAAGGGAGAAAGACAGUUCUUGUGCCUAUGACUCCUAAGGAAGUUCAGGUUGAUCAGCUCCAACUACAAAAGAAGAAAGAGAUUGAUCUACCCGCUGAUUCAACAAAGCAACUAAACUUCUAUGCCAAGUCUGAGCAUGAGCCCUUGUGCUGUUCCAGUACUGCUUGUGCCCAAGAAAGAUGGAGCUGGCGCAUGUGUGUUGAUUGUAGAGCAAUCAACAAUAUAACAGUGAAGUAUCGCCAUCCUAUUCCUAGAUUAGAUGAUAUGCUUGAUGAAUUACAUGGUUCAUGCAUCUUUUCUAAGAUAGAUCUAAAGAGUGGAUAUCAUCAGAUUAGGAUGAAAGAAGGAGAUGAGUGGAAAACUGCCUUUAAGACUAAGCAUGGGUUAUAUGAGUGGUUAGUUAUGCCCUUUGGAUUGACUAAUGCACCUAGUACUUUCAUGAGAUUGAUGAACCAUGUGCUUAGGUCCUUUAUAGGUUUGUUUGUGGUAGUUUACUUUGAUGAUAUCCUAAUCUACAGUCAGAGUCUAGAAGAGCAUAUAGACCAUCUUAAGACUGUUCUUGAUGUGUUGAGAAAAGAAAAACUUUAUGCUAAUCUUAAGAAAUGUACAUUCUGCACAGAUAACUUGGUCUUUUUAGGUUUUAUUGUGGGUGCAGAUGGGGUUAAAGUUGAUCCGGAGAAAGUAAGGGCUAUACAAGAAUGGCCAAUCCCUAAGACCGUGAGUGAAGUAAGAAGCUUCCAUGGACUUGCUGGCUUCUAUAGGCGCUUUGUGAAAGACUUCAGCACCAUUGCAUCUCCCUUGACUGAAGUAAUCAAGAAAGAAGUCGGAUUCAAGUGGGGAGAAGCACAAGAACUUGCUUUCCAAUGCCUUAAAGAGAAGCUUACUCAUGCCCCUCUUCUUAUACUUCCUGACUUUCAUAAAACUUUUGAAAUAGAAUGUGAUGCCU